UUGUGUUGGUAGCGAACGGUGUUGGGAGAAGUGUUUCCCACGACAUUGUGUUAUGCUGUGUAGUUAUCUAGCUGAAGAGAAUAAUGAUUUGUCAUGACCUAGCUAGAGAGGUGCCAGCAUAUACUGACGACACAGUUGACAAGUUAGACCAGCUGUCAAAGUAGCAAAAGUAGAAGGACUGUCUAGCUAACGUUCCAUCAUGGCAGAAGUAAUGAAGACGUUCAGAUUCCCAUCUCGACACGGCUAUGCAGUAGAGAUAUCCCCGUUUUUUGCAACCCGAUUGGCAUGUGCUACGUCUCAAUACUACGGAAUAGCAGGAUGCGGGACACUGUUCGUGCUGGAACAGAGUGAAGCUGGCAUUUCUCUCUUAAGAAGCUUUGACUGGAAUGACGGCCUUUUCGACAUCACCUGGAGUGAGAAUAACGAGCACGUUCUGGUGACAGGGGCGGGUGACGGUUCUCUGCAGAUCUGGGACACGGCCAACCCCCAGGGGCCUCUACAGGUGCUGAAAGAGCACACGCAGGAGGUGUACAGUGUGGACUGGAGUCAAACGCGUGUGGAGACGCUGGUGGUCUCUGGCUCCUGGGACCACACUGCCAAAGUGUGGGAUCCAGAGCGCGCUCGGUGUCUGUGCUCCCUGAGGGGUCAUGAAGGGGUCAUUUACAGCACAGUGUGGUCCCCGCAUAUCCCAGGAUGCUUUGCAUCUGCAUCAGGCGACGGGACGCUUCGAGUGUGGGAUGUGAAAGCGGGCACGUCCAGGCUGAUUGUCCCGGCGCACAAGGCAGAAAUCCUCAGCUGCGAUUGGUGCAAAUACGACCAGAACGUGAUCGUGACUGGAGCGGUGGACUGCAGCCUGCGCGUCUGGGACCUGCGGAACGUGCGGCAGCCAGUUUCCGAGCUGCUGGGUCACUCUUAUGCCAUACGGAGAGUAAAGUUCUCCCCAUUCAAGCUGACAGUCCUGGCAUCCUGCUCCUAUGACUUCACUGUCAGGUUCUGGGACUACUCCAAGGACCGGCCUGUGCUGGGCACGCUGGAGCACCACACCGAGUUUGUGUGCGGGCUGGACUUUAACCUGCACGUCCCCGACCAGGUUGUGGACUGCGCCUGGGAUGAGACCGUGAAAAUAUAUACACCUCCGUGCCUAGCAGCACUUAAGCACAGUACUCCGUAGAGAGGAGAUAAUUACUCUGCCCCGAGGAGGAGAAACGGACUUUUCAGGCUGACUGAGAUCUAAAUCACGGACGGCGGUUUUCCAGAGCGUCAUGGCAGUUUUGAAAAUGACGCCAUUAAACGGAUCCCUGGGGACCAGUGUCGCGCGGGCAAAGUUUGAAUACAGAGGGAAGAAAAAUGCUACACGGCGUGGAACACGAGCCACCGCCAGCAGUAAAACCCCAGAUGUCUCCACGUAGUUUUCAUCAGAGUCCCUUGUUUAUAACGUGUGAAAUUAGACAUCUACAUGCAUGUGUCUUGUGUGCCGUUUUUGCCAAGUGUGGAGCUGAAAGGAGGAGAUGCUUGAGUGGUUUUGCCUGCUGUUUCCCUGAAACCCGUGGUAGUGUGCGACAAUACACUGUGUGUCAGGUAAACGGUGAUGACAUUCAAAAUGGCCUGUGUAUUUCUUAAAAAUAAAAGGAAA